CAGCAAUCAGCCAAGAUAGAUAGAGAAUCCCAGAUAACUUAUCAUUCGUAGCGCGUUCUCGCUGGCUCAAUCAGGCUUGGUAAGCAAAUAUAUAUAUUUAUCUCUUACCUACUUACAUAUAUAUAUAUAAUGGCGGUCGCUGCUUAUUACCGCGACGUAAGCUGAAAAGAAAAAGAAAAAAAAAAAAGAAAAGAAAAAGUCUUGCUACUGUGGAACCGCAAACCUCGCGGUUUUGUUUUAAUUCCCCUUUUGAUUGGACGGGAACGACCCAAAAUCCGAAAAAAAAAAAUGGCGGCGACGAUACCGACGAGGUCUAAGCUGCGGGAGUAUUUCCAUACCGAAUAUCAACCCGGAGAACAAAAACUCGUGCAAAAGAUUGAUUUCUUCAUCUUGACCUUUUGCUGUUUGAGUUACUUCACCAAUUAUCUAGAUCGGUCUAAUAUCAACAAUGCCUACGUCUCGGGCAUGAAAGAGGAUCUGGGCUUCGUAGGCGACCAGCUGAACCAGAUCAACACCUGCUUCACGGUCGGCUACGUGAUCGGCCAGAUCCCCGCCAAUCUGUCGCUGCACUAUGUCAAACCGCGAUACUUCUUCCCGGCCUGCAUGUUCAUCUGGGCUUGCCUGACUAUGGUCACGGCCUCGGCGCAUAGCCCGCAGAGCAUCAUGGCCAUCCGCUUCUUCCAGGGCAUAGUGGAAGCCACUACCUUCGUCGGCACCCAUUACAUCCUCGGGUCUUGGUACACGGAGCGAGAGUUGGGGAAGCGCUCUGGCAUAUUCACUGCCUCUGGCCUGGCUGGCACUAUGAUUGGAGGCUUUAUCCAGACGGGUAUUCACUCCAGUCUGGACGGUAGGAACGGUCUCCGUGGAUGGCGCUGGUUGUUCAUUAUGGACGGCAUCAUCACGUUGCCAGUUGCACUCUACGGCUUCAUCUUCUUCCCGGAUACGCCGUCGACAACUGAGGCCUUCUACCUUACCGAAUCCGAGAAGGCUUUAGCCGUAUCUCGCGUGCCACCGGUAGAAGAUCGAUCGCCAAUCUCUUGGGCCUUCUUCAAGAACUCCUUCUCGUCCUGGUUCUUCUGGGGGUUCGUCGUGCUCUGGAUCAUUGCCGGCGAGACCGAAUCUUUCAGUUCAAACGCUCUACUGGCUUUGUACAUGAAGAGCCACCCGACGAACAGAUACACGGUCCCUCAGCUGAACAACUACCCUACUGGUGUGCCUGCUGUUGGCAUUAUAUCAACUCUAUUCUGGGCGACGCUCACAGACUACCUCAGUGGGAAGCGCUAUCUCGUCGGUUAUUUCAUCGGCGUCACAGGCGUGGCUACUUCUGCAAUGAUUCUAGCCGCUUCCAAAGAUCCAACGAGUUCGGCAUCGACCUCUGUGGUAUUUGGCGCUUAUUACUGGGCAGGCGCCGUAUAUGCCUGCCAGGCUACCUUCUUCGCGUGGGCCAACGAUGCUCUCCGCUACGAGGAACACAUGUUUCGAGCUUUUGUUCUGGCUGGUAUGAACCUAGGAAGUAACGCCGUGAACGCCUGGUGGAGCAUUGUCUUUUACGGGGCGUCGAUGGCACCGUGGUUUACUAGGGGAAUGUGGGCUAUGAUUGCCGUGUCUAUCUUGUUGGCACUCUGGACUGCCGUACUGUCGUACACGACUGCCAAACAUGAGAGGAUACGGAAAGCGGAGUUCGAGCAGUCCGGUGCCGGUGGGCGUAAGAGUGUUACCGAAUAUGCAUGAUACUUACGGCCGAUGGCACUCGGUAAUACUUAAUAAUAGUAGAAUGGAGUGUUGCUACUACUACUACUACCACUACGAUUAGCGCUCAGCAUUAAGAAACUAUUCAUACUGAGACCACGAUUUAGGAAACUGAAGAUAUAAUAGGAUGAAAGCCCAUUAUUAAUGCCUUAGUCAAAGAAAUGACGGUUGAUCUGACAGACCUCCAAGACAGUCCCAAUAUUUGU